CAAUAAACAUGGUUUAUUUACAUUGUAAAAACGUAUAUAAACAAGCCGUAAAUCAUUGCAAAGAGCCUCAUUAUUAUCAUCUCUUUCUCUUUAUAAAACAUGACUGUUGGCUUUGACGAAGAACUCCCCAAUGAUGUCUAUCAUUACAAUGAAAUGCGUAAGAAUAUGGACUGGGAAAAGUCUGGCAUUGCCUCUCUUUUGAAACCUGCUCCUGUCUCUCAGCACUUGCCUUCUUUUGAUGCUGAAGGAAAGCCAUGUUUCAAGCCUUAUCGCGGUUCUGGUAAACUCCAAGGGAAGUUCGCUUUAAUUACAGGUGCCGACAGUGGUAUUGGUAGAUCGAUCGCCACUCUCUAUGCUUUGGAAGGCUGCGCUGGUAUUACGAUUGUCUACCGUGAUGAAAGGGAAGAUGCUGAUGCUAUGUACACUAAGACAACCAUUGAAGCUCAAAGCAAGUGUAAGAUUCAUUUGAUUGCUCGUGAUAUUGGCUAUGAAAAAAACUGUCAAGAAAUCUUGGAUAGCCACUUGAACACUUUUGGUCGUAUUGAUAUCUUGGUCAACAAUGCUGCUGAACAACACAAGGUUACUCGCGUUGAAGACUUGGAUGCUAACGUAGUUGAAAGAACCUUCCGUACUAACGUCUUUGGUCCUAUUUUCAUGACUAAAUUGGUUUGUGGUCAUCUUAAGCAAGGUGGUGUCAUUGUCAAUACUGCUUCUAUCGCUGCUUACCGUGGUAUGGAUGUCUUGGUUGAUUAUUCCGCUACUAAGGGCGCUAUUGUCUCUUUCACUCGUGCUUUGUCUCAACAAUUGGCACCUCGUCGUAUUCGUGUCAAUGCAGUUGCUCCUGGCCCUGUCUGGACACCUUUGAUUCCAAACACGUUUUCCCGUGAAGAAAUUCAGAACUUCGGCUCUUUCCCUCCUUUCAAGCGUCCUGCUCAACCUUGUGAAGUUGCUGCCUCUUUUGUCUUUUUAGCUUCUGACGACUCCUCCUUUAUGACUGGCCAAGUCGUUCACCCUAAUGGUGGUACCGUAAUUAACACAUAGGUUUGAAAACAAACAAAUAAGAUUUUUUUUAAGGAGGUGAUUUAUAUAUAUAUAUUGCUUAACAAAAAGACUCCUUUUACCCCCUGAAAAUACGCACGCACUUUUAACAAUAAAUUUGGCCUUGAAG